GGGGGAGGCAAAAGGGGGGAGCUAGGCCGCCAAACCAACGGGCACGAUAUGGGAGGGAUUUGAGUUAGCAGACAGUAGUGCGAUUCUCCAAGCUCCACUGCGCAUAUUCAAGACGGUACGCUCGCGCUUCCCACCGACAGCAACGCAAAGCGCACCGCGCUAACCAUGUUGUGAAUGAGGGGGAUAGAGUGACGUCAGCGGCCGAAUGUCAACAAUGUAGCGGCUGGGAGUAGGCGUUCCAGUCGAGUGUAACAAACAGCGGAGACGGAGCGGCACGCCGCGCUGGAGCACCACGCACACGUACACACGCGCAGUCGUACACACAGGCGGCAACAACACACCGUAGAAUCACAGCCGUUGUUAUUUUCCAAGUGAGAAACAACCGAGUUGUAGCUGCGGGAGAACAAGUCACCUCUCUGCAGCCCCGAGGCUUUGAGGAAACGACAGAGCGAGUCAUCAUGUGAAAGAACUUAUGUGGUAAACGGACAAAGGGGCUGGAAUACGAGCGGAAUAGAAAGUAAAAGGGACGCCCUCCCCGCCUCACCAGCGACCUGCCAAUCACAACCUUUUUCUGACUGAUAGUGAUGUGGAUGUGUCAGUGUGACAGCACGCUGCUUGUGGAUAAAUGAUCACUAAUCACCAUCAGAAGAUGAAGGAUAAGUCUGGCGUGAGCGGAAUGUCCGUGGAUGAGAAGCCUGAAGCCCCCAUGUAUGUGUAUGAGUCGACAGUUCAUUGUACCAAUAUCCUCCUCUGCCUCAACGACCAGCGGAAGCAGGAUAUCCUGUGCGAUGUGACUGUCCUGGUGGAGGGCAAGGAGUUCCGUGGUCAUCGGGCCGUGCUGGCCGCCUGCAGCGAGUAUUUCCUCCAGGCGCUAGUGGGCCAGGCAGAGAAUGGCUUGGUCGUUAGCCUUCCAGAAGAGGUCACUGCCAGGGGAUUCGCCCCAUUGUUGCAGUUUGCCUACACUGCUAAGCUGUUACUCAGCAGAGAAAACAUCCAAGAGGUCAUCCGCUGUGCUGAAUUCCUGCGCAUGCACAACCUUGAGGACUCAUGCUUUCGCUUCCUGGAAGCUCAGCUGCGCAGUGAGGAGGACGGCUUGUUGCUCUGCCACAAGGUGGCGGCGGAGGUGAACAACUCAGAGGAUGAGAGUAUGCAGUCAGAGGUAGAAAGGCCUAUCUCCCCUAGGGCACGGCGCUGUGCUGAUGCCCUCUCCUCCUUUCGACACCCUGAUGAUGAUCGGUUAGCAAUGGCUGUGCCCAGUAACUUUGUGGAUGGCCGACUGGACUUUGAUCGGCAAGGAGUGUCAGACCUGCCACGAUGCCCAAAGUACAGGAAAUACCAGCGGGCUUGUAACAAGCACAAUAAUGACACCUCCUCAGACACCAGUACCUCAGGUUUUCCAAGCACAUUAAAGGAGAGCAACGUUAGUGGGGCAGUGCCAGGACAGGACAGGCUUCCUUUGGCCCAGAUCAAAGUUGAACCACAGGCAGAGGAAGAGGCCAUCUCAUUGUGCCUGUCGGGGGACGAGCAGGAUGUCAGGGAUAAGGACAGUGUGACAGCCAUGGAGAUGGAUAAUCCAGUAUCUGUGGAAAGAACCAAGAGAACCAAGUCCCCUUCCUGCCUCCGAGCCUUCUUUAAGAAAGGGGUGGACCUCCCCAGUUUGCCCAACACAUCACAGCAGCUAUUUGCCAACAGACUUCUCUGCCCCCAGGACAAAGGAAACUCUCAGGGAGAACAUAAAAAAGACUUAAGGCCUUUCACUGGGGAGCUAGGUCUGUCUGUUACAUCCCCAAAGGACAUGGACGGUUUCCCUGGAGGGUUGUCCCUCAAGUCCACUUCCUGCGAUGGAGUCUGCAAACAGGAAGUUGAGCUAGACCGUCGUAGUGUCAUAUUCUCCUCAGGGGCCUGCAACCGCCUGGGAACCCCAGCGCAUUCCUACCCAGGUGGAAACUCUUUGGAGAUGGAGCUCACUGAGCACAUGGCAAAGGGUAUGUGGGCUGGAGGCAGCCAGUCCCUUCCCACCUCUCAGACCUAUUCUCCUAGCACCACCUCCUCUGAGCCCCCAAUCUUGUGUCGCCCACGACCCAACACCAGCUGUCCAGUGCCAAUCAAAGUGUGCCCACGCUCGCCACCUUGUGAGACACGCACCAGGACUUCCAGUUCCUGUUCCUCAUACUCCUAUGCAGAGGAUGGUAGCGGAGGUUCUCCCUGCAGCCUGCCCCAGUUUGAGUUCUCCUCCUCGCCAUGUUCCAACGUGGCACGCUGCCUCAAUGUGGACCAGCAGGAGCAAAGUGUGGGAGGGGAUGCAAUUUUUAACCAGGUGCGGCCCAAGAUCAAAUGCGAGCAGUCCUAUGGCACCAACUCCAGCGAUGAGUCGGGUUCCUUCUCAGAGGGAGACAGCGAGUCCUGCCACGUACAGGAGCGAGGGCCAGAGGUGAAGCUGCCUUUCCCAGUAGAUCAGAUCACAAAUCUUCCACGGAACGACUUCCAAAUGUUGGUGAAAAUGCACAAACUGACCUCAGAACAGCUUGAGUUUAUCCACGAUGUGAGGCGACGCAGUAAGAACCGCAUUGCAGCGCAGCGCUGCCGCAAGAGGAAGCUCGACUGUAUUCUGAACCUGGAGUGUGAGAUCAGAAAACUGGUGUGUGAGAAGGAGAAGUUGCUGACAGAGAGGAACCAGCUGAAGGCAUGUAUGGGCGAGCUGUGGGAGAACUUCUCCUGCUUGUCGCAGGAGGUGUGCAGGGAUGUCCAGCUGAGCCCUGAGCAGGUCCAGUCUUUACACCACUACUGCCCCGUUCUGCGGCCUGCCAACUCCACCACUGCCAGCAACAACGCUGCCCCCAGCCCCACCACCACCACCAGCAUUGACCUCACCACCCACUCAGGCUCUGCCACACCGGAGCCCAGCUUCCACGGAUCGCCCGGCCCCUCAGAGAGUGAACCCGACUCGGCUGUGAGAAAUGGGGCAGACAGAGAUAUGGAUGGCCAAGAUGCCAGGGUGUACACAAAGUCAGGGCUGUCCGUGGAAAAGUCCAACCAGACGGUAACGGUCGAUUUUUGCCAGGAAAUGACUGAGAAAUGUACAACUGACGAGCAGCCAAGGAAAGACUGUACUAAAUAGUGGUGGUUUUCUGUGUUGUUGUUUUUAAUGUUUUUUUUUUAUUAUUAUUAUUUAAUUUUACUCUUCUGACAAACCCUUUCUUGGGGUUGUUGAGACGGUCAGCCUCCGCCAGUGUUCACUGAAAAACAAGCUUUGUUUGUAUUUAUGUCUUUUUGUGCUGUUU